GUGGCUAAAGUCGGUCCCAGGUAAACCCUACGAUGUGGCCGCUCUCAGGCUUCUCUCUGUCAUGUGUGUGUAUCGACUCGAGUAAUUAUCUUAAAACACGUGCAAAAUGGGAAACAAGAGAAAAAGACGUGACGAGGAUGACUACGAAUACGACCCAGCUCCUAAACAUUUGCAAGUAGGUCACAUCAAGAAUCAAGAGAAGCGCCUUAUCGUCGUACUGGAGAAUGCUCAGCUGGAAUCUGUGAAGGUUGGAAAUAGCUUCGAGCUGCUCAACUGCGAUGAUCACACAAACAUUUUGAGGAAAAACAAUCGCGACCCAGGCACGUGCAGGCCGGACAUCGCUCAUCAGUGCCUGUUAAUGUUGAUGGACAGCCCGCUGAAUCGCGCUGGAUUGCUGCAGGUCUACAUACAUACCGAAAAAAAUGUACUGAUAGAAAUUAAUCCACAAACCAGGAUACCGAGAACGUUCAAGCGCUUUGCUGGAUUGAUGGUACAAUUAUUACAUAAAUACGGCGUCAGAGCAUCGGAUGGACCAAUGAAGCUUCUUAAAGUCAUCAAGAAUCCUAUUACGAAUCACCUACCAGUUGGUUGUCGUAAAAUACUGAUGUCGUUUAAUGCAAAUAAAGUGCUGAAUCCGCGAGAGCUGGUACCUGCAGAAGAUCCCAUUGCUAUUGUAGUUGGAGCUAUGGCGCACGGCCAAGUCAAAACGGAUUACACGGAAGACACCUACUCAAUCAGUAAUUAUCCUCUCUCGGGCGCCGUCGCGUGUAGUAAAUUAUGUACAGCAUUUGAAGAAGUUUGGGGAGUUGUCUAAUAAAGAACUGUUUUGUAUAUUUAAUUUCGAAUUUAUAUCAAUUGCGAGAACGCCAUUAGGAGUUGCAGCACUAACAAUGUUUCAGCGAACUUUGUGUCCCAUCCCUAUCUUUUUCUUCAAUGUUUUUCUCGAAUAAAUAUUUAACAUGUAUAUAUUUCAUUAACAUAAAUGUGAUGAAAUUAGCAAUUAGCAAAAGGUGACGAAUAAAUGUGUGUACGUUGCGACGAGUGUACAAGUGUGUUCGAGUGAAUUGAUAAACAUUUGGAAUUUGUAUCGAUCGUAAAACACAUAGUAUGAAAGAAAGGAAUAAUGUCAUCUAAGUACGGCCGAAUCACAAACAACAUUCCAUCUAUCUCCCAAGUAUCUUACGAUUUUGUGAAGAUUUCGAAACUGUAAGUACGAUUCCAAA